AUGUCGAGUCAUGCAGGACAGAAAUCCCUUAGUUUAACGGGUUCACAACCUGAUGCUACACACUCGGGUACAACAACACCAGGUGGUAGUUCAAGCCAGGGAACAGAAGCUACAAACCAACUGCUUGGCAAAAGAAAGAUACAGGAUCUGGUUUCACAGGUGGAUGUACAUGGUAAAUUGGAUCCUGAUGUUGAAGACCUCCUUUUGGAGGUAGCAGAUGACUUCAUUGAUUCGGUGACUUCUUUUGCAUGCAGCUUGGCUAAGCAUCGUAAAUCAUCCGUAUUGGAGCCAAAGGAUAUAUUACUCCACCUAGAGAAAAACUUGCACUUGACCAUUCCUGGAUUCUCAAGCGAGGAUAAACACCAAACAAAACCCGUACCAACUGAUCUGCACAAGAAGCGACUUGCAAUGGUGCGUGCUUUACUAGAAUCCUCAAAACCGGAGACAAAUGCAACCAAUUCCAAGGAAACUAUUAGACAAGUGAUGGUGAACCCAAAUGGUCCAAAUCAUCUCUUAAGACCAUCACCAAGUUCAGAGCAACUGGUUGCGCAAACAUCCGGUUCUCACAUGUUGCAACAUAUGACACGCUAUUAA